AGAGAUCCAGUUGAAGCAGGAGUUGGAUCAAAGUGGGUGUAUUGUAAGCACAGAGAGGCGAGCCAUGGAGACCCGGCCUCUCGCCGCCCUGGUCUCCUCCCUCGUCUCUCAAGCGCUGCUCCUCCUCCUCCUAAUCUUCCAAUCCAACCCUAACCUCAUACUCCCCUCUCCUAUUUCCCAAACCCUCACUACCAUGCUUCAUCUCCUCUCUUCCACCCACCUAACCGCAACCACCUCCCACCUUCCGCUCAACCGUAAGCGCCGUCGCGAGAUGGAUGAAUCGGAAAUAGAGGAUGAGGUGAAUGAAGAGGAGAAAGAAGAAGAGGAAGAAGAAGAGGAAGAAGGAGAUGACAAUAAUCAUCGACACAUCGAAGAAACGACCCCCUGCAGCGCCCUCGUUCCUCAUCCCAAUCCCGAUCACUUCAAAAUCCACUUCGGGAUGCGGUCCGCCACCUUUGAGUGGCUUGCUAGUCUGCUUGAUCCCCUCAUCGACUCCCGCGACCCCAGCGGCUCCCCGUUCCGACUCCCGACCACCACCCGCCUCGCACUUGCCCUCGCCCGCCUAGCUACUGGCGCUGACUAUGCUGACCUUGCCUCCCGCUACUCCGUCUCCGAGUCCGCCGCUCGCUUCUGCACCGGGCACCUCUGCCGAGUUCUCUGCACCAACUUCCGCUUCUGGCUAGCAUUUCCCUCCUCUCCUGAAUUGCUCACCCCAGUCUCCGAUGGUUUUGCCUCCCUCGCGGGCCUUCCAGGCUGCUGUGGCGCCAUGGCAUCCGCCCGCUUCCGUCUUCACCGCGGCCCUGCCACUGCCUUUCUCGUUGCGGACGUCUCCUCAAGGAUCUUAAGCUUUGCUGCGGUGUUUCACGGUGAACGGUCGGGCUUUGAGGUUCUCAAGCAGUCCUCCUUGUAUAAAGAUGCCAUGGAGGGGCGGCUCUUGGGGCCGGAGCAGUACCUGGUUGGAGAUGAGAGUCAACAGCUUUAUCCUUGGCUGAUGGUUCCCUUUGCUAAGCCAGUGCCGGGGUCUUGUGAAGAGGACUUCAAUUUGGCACUUCGUGUGAUGUGCUGGCCGGCGAGGAGAGCAAUCUACAGCCUCCAUAAUUGGAGAGUUUUGAGCCGGCUGGAGGAGGAGAGUACUAAGGUGUCUGCAGCAUUUAUUGGAACUUGUUCUAUACUUCAUAAUAUUUUGUUGAUGAAGGACGACGAUUCGGCCCUGGCGGAUGUUGGCGAAGAGUACUUGUUGAGUUCUGAGGAGUAUAGAAAUGAGGAGAAGCAUUCUUCUGACAAGAAGGCUAUCUUGAUUAGGAGUACUCUGGCGGUGAAAGCAAGGGAAUGCGGGACACUGUAAAUUUGUGCUUCAGUACAACUGUGUAAUAAAGGAGGAGGAAGAAGAAGUACAUGUCGAGCUCCCUGAGGUUAUAAGAAGCUUGGACGAGCCG